AUGUUAACGUGUGUAACAAAAGAGGAAGAAGAAUCAUCGUUUCAGAUUGAAAUUGUGAGCUGUGUAAAGUAUUUAAUUAGUCAAGGAGCUAAUGUAGGAGUUGUCAACAGUGAAGGGGAGACUCCUCUAGACAUCGCAGAGGAGGAAGCAAUGGAGGAGCUUCUGCAAAAUGAAGUGAAUCGUCAAGGUGUUGACAUUGAAGCAGCUCGGAAGGAGGAGGAGAGGAUUAUGCUACGUGAUGCACGGCAGUGGUUAAAUAGCGGCCAGAUCAAUGAUGUCCGGCAUGCCAAAUCUGGGGGUACAGCACUGCAUGUUGCUGCUGCUAAAGGUUAUACCGAGGUUUUAAAGCUUUUAAUCCAGGCAGGGUAUGAUGUAAAUAUUAAAGACUAUGAUGGCUGGACUCCACUCCAUGCUGCUGCCCACUGGGGUAAAGAGGAAGCCUGUCGUGUUCUAGUAGAACAUUUUUGUGAUAUGGACAUCGUCAACAAAGUGGGUCAAACAGCCUUUGAUGUAGCAGAUGAAGAUGUCCUUGGUUAUUUAGAAGAAUUACAAAAGAAGCAAAAUAUGCUUUUGAGUGAGAAGCGAGAUAAGAAGUCCCCAUUGAUUGAGACGACAACAACAAUGGACAACAACCGGCCAAUUAAACCACUAAAGAACAAAGAGACUCUCCUGAACGAGCAGGAGACGUGUGUGCCCCGCAUUGAGUCCUUAGAACAGGAGAAGGUAGAUGAAGAGGAGGAAGGAAAGAAGGAUGAGUCCAGUUGCUCCAGUGAGGAGGAAGAGGAGGAAGAUUCAGAGUCUGAAACGGAAGCAGACAAGAGCAAAACCUCUGCACCUGUAAAUAACACAAACAGUACCGUAACACAGCCAACCAGCGUGACGGUAUCGUCCCCAACAAUACCUACAAACCAGGUGACUCCUUCUUCUCCUAUCAAGAAGUUUGAUUUUAUUGCUCCUCUCUUGCCUGUGGCGGAGCCAUGCGAUCCUGCAUUAUGGCGUCAGGGCUUGCGCAAAACUGGCAUUUCUCUUGUGCCCAAAAAAGCUAUGUUUGCUCCACCACCUGGUAAAGUCUCUCCCAAGGAAGAGGAACGGAAGGAUGAGUCGCCCUCCUCCUGGAGACUGGGUCUGCGGAAGACUGGCAGCUAUGGAGCUCUGGCAGAGAUCACUGCUGCUAAGGAGCCACAGAAAGAGAAGGACACCACUGGGGUCAUGCGCUCUGCCUCAAGUCCAAGGCUGUCUUCAACUUUGGACAACAAAGACAAAGAAAAGGAAAAAGACAAAGGAGCCCGACUUGCGUAUGUUGCACCAACAAUACCGUCUAGAAGACUUGCCAGUACAUCAGACAUUGAUGAAAAGGAAAACAGGGAUUCUGCUGCUAGUCUGGUGCGUAGUGGGUCUUAUACAAGGAGAAGGUGGGAUGAUGAUCUGAAGAACAAUGAAGGAACUACUUCCCAGAACAAAACACCAAGCUAUCAGCGAAGUACGUCCUACUCGCUAACAAUAGGCAGAAGUAGCAGUGUGCGAGAUGUACCAGCUAAGUCUUCAUCUGCCAUCAGCUUGGAUCCUAAUAACACUAAACCUUGGCAGUCGCCCUCAUCUCAAUACCAGUCUUACAGCAUUAAUAGAAGUGGUUCUUUUGGAAGAAGACAGGAUGACUCAUUUAGUUCUGUGACAUCCACCACCUCAUCUGUUACCUCACCUACUGGCUCCCAGAGAGGCCUGCUCUCCAGCACAAGCACUGCGACCAAGACCACCACCACCACAACUCCAUCGAGCUUAACAAGCAGUACCUCAAAUAGGUUUUGGUCUGAUGAAAGUGCGGAAAGGGAGAAAGAUUCGGGACCAACAGCAGUGGCAGUUAUACCAACUAUUGUAAAUACUACAGCUACUACUACUACCACAACCACAUCCACCACUGGCACCGUACCUUCCACUGAUGGCAGGGAGCGGCGCAGAUCGUACCUCGCUCCUGUCCGCAAUGAAGAAUCGGAGUCGCAGAGAAAAGCCAGGUCUAGGCAAGCAAGACAGUCAAGAAGAUCAACUCAGGGUGUAACCUUAACCGAUCUUCAGGAAGCAGAAAAGACUAUAGGCCGGAGCCGUCCCACUCGAGGUAGGGAAGAGGAAAAAGAUGAAAAGGAAAAACAGGACAAAGAGAAACAGGAGGAGAAGAAAGAAUCUCAAGCCCGUGAGGAUGACUACCGGUCGAAAUACCGGAGUUUUGAAGAGCGUUACCGGCCAUCAAGUACUACAACAGCUACGUCCUCUACCAGUAGUGUGCUCUCUACGUCUAGUUCAGUUGAUAGACCCAACAGUCUGACUGGCAUUACUUCGUUAUAUCCCAGCUACAGUAGAAGUUUGCACAGGGAUACAGAAAAAGAAUUUGAUAAGAAGGAGGAGGAAAAAGAAGGAGAAGACAAGACCGAGGACAAGUCUCAACCUAAAUCAAUACGAGACAGACGGCGGCCUCGAGAGAAACGAAGGUCCACAGGAGUGUCUUAUUGGAAAGAUAGUGAUGAAAAUGAUCAAGAGCAGCAGUCAGAUUCUGAAGAAGGAACAAACCGGAAUGAGCCCCAGAGUGACAGGCUUUCAAGCACUUCCAGUGAUCGCUAUGACCAUUAUAUUGGUCGCAGCUACGGUGAAGGCAGAAAACCAUAUUCAGGCAGAUGGGAAAGAGAAGAUACAACUGAUUAUAAAAAGCUUUAUGAACAGAUUCUAGCUGAAAAUGAGAAACUGAAGGCGCAAUUACGCGAUACAGACAUGGAGUUAACAGACUUGAAAUUACAGCUGGAAAAAGCAACGCAGAGACAGGAACGAUUUGCUGACAGGUCACAGCUGGAAAUGGAGAAAAGGGAAAGAAGAGCUCUAGAAAGGAGGAUAUCUGAGAUGGAGGAAGAACUUAAGAUGCUACCAGACUUGAAAGCAGAUAACCAGAGACUAAAGGAUGAAAAUGGAGCCUUGAUUAGAGUCAUAAGCAAACUUUCCAAGUAGACAAGUUCCUAGAACAGCAACUAAUGGUAUUGCACAUUAAUGUUAAUUGCAACAGACAUCAGCUACAAGGCCCCUCCCAUUUGUGGUCGCCCUUGACUCUUCUGCCACACCACCCUUUUCCAUCCAUUAGAUCCUGCUAGAUCACUUAACCUGCAGCUGCUGUCAAGACAGAAUGACUGAGUUUACAAAAACAUUCUGAAUGAAAAACUUGUGGCCAGGGACGCCUCAGAAAUAUUUAACCAAUAAGCCUUAGUUGUACAUAAACACUUGCAUCGAGCUCUCAGCUGUCACAGAAGAACAGUUAGUCAACACGAGUUAUUGUGCCACAGCCUAUGUAUUUUUUUUUGUUUCUGUUUCUACACCUGCUUAGACGUGUUGUGUGCUGUGCUCUUUUUUUUCCUAACUUCCCAUGUGCCAGAGGUAUUCCCCUAGAUGCUCAGUGUUCACACAGCUGUCCAGUUCGAAGAGACCCAACCAUUAUAACGGAAAUAAUUCCAGUUUUUUUAAUUAACAUGACAUUUUCACCAUACUGAACAGAUGGACUUGGUGAAACGUAAGCUUUCACUGUAUGUGCAAUAUGCAUUUAUGUCUUUUAAAAUGCUUUAAUGAGUCCAUUGAAAGUAGAAUUCCCAUCUCUUCUGCCUUCAUCACUUUUUUUUCUUUUUGUUUGUAGUGUAGCUGUUGGAUUAUACUGUGUAUUCUUUACUUCAUUUUAGCCGGUACUGAGUGAUGCUGUAUAUAUGUAUUGUUUUGAGUUUCAGACCACCACAUGGCAUGCGUUAUGCUUCCCAAUGACAAACCCGUCUGUUACUAUUAAAAUAUACAACUCCAGAAGUGUGUUUUAACUUUUUCAUUUAUUUUAUAGUAUAAACAUUGAAUAUGGUAGUGCCUCUCUCUUUAAGGAGAUGGCAAGCAGAAUUCAGUGCUGUUUUUUUAAAGUGUUCACAGUAAUGUGAGAUACAAAUGAUAUAAUUGCUUCACUACAUUUCACACAUUGUAUACAGUAUCUUUGGAAGAGUGCUGUUUUUUUCCCUUUUUUAACUGUAGUACUAGCCAAGGUAUUGUCACUAAAUCUUAGGUAUUUCUAAUGCAGUUCUUUUACAAUGUCUGUAUGCACUGUUAAUGCCAUGUGAAGAGUCAUGUAAAGUUUUGGAUGACCAUUGUCAAAUAAAGACCAGAAAAUUGGAACAUAUAUUUUAUGCAUUUCAGUGGCCUUUUAAAUUUACUAUAGUGAAUGUUGCUAUGGUUGACUGUCAGGAUUUUUUAAUUGUUAUUACUAAUUAUUAUUAUUUCCCAUCACCCUGUAAAAUAAGUGUGACUUCAUACUGGCACACACUGUGCUGUGACUUAAAACCACUGAAGAGUUCAACCAUUAAAAUGUACAUUGUAAAAGCUUGCGGUAGCUGUUGUAUUAUCAUUAUAUUGUAUACUUAAAUGUGAAUUUAUAACCCCUUCAUAAAAAAAAAACAAAAAAAACAUGGUCAUGGUGUUCUAUUGAAUAUAUUUUAAUUUGCAAAACCUGGGCAGUUGUUCCUCUGUCUCUUUUUUUUUUUUUUGGUGAUUGGUUUUGUGUAGGUGUGAGGCCAUGCUCUUACUACCAAGCUCAGGAUUCUUGAUUUAAAUGACGAAAAACAUGGUACAGUGAGUGUGAUAUUUCUAUUGUGGAUUGACCUUGGUAUGACUGGUUUACUAUGAGAGGGAAUUAUUCACUGAACUAUUGAAAGUAAUGCUAUGGCAUUGAUGUUUGAAUGGUAGUGAACAAUGGGUUAAGCGGUUAAUCUGUGAGACUGUUAAUCAAAACCCUUUGCAAAUUUGUCAGUUUGGGGUGCAUGUGCGGAUUUAACAUAGCUACUUGUUUCUAAUAUUAUAGUGUUUUAUAUUUAGGUUAUUUAUUCUUUAAAAAAAGUGAAGUGGCUACAGCGCUAUAAUGAUUUUAUUGGUAGUACCGAGCAGACCUUGUAUCGGCAUGAAACUAGUUGCUGAAACCCAAUUAUUUUGAAAAAAUGUAUUUUGACAUAUACAAAUAAAGAUUAAUAAAGUUA